AUGCGAGUUCCUCAUAUCAUCGCCGGCAUGCUUGGCCUCGCCGGCCUUGCCAUCGCUGCACCUACCCGCCAGUUCGUUGCCGUCCAGCCUGUCGUCACCGUUGAGUCCACCCAACUCGCCACUCGCUCGCCCGGAUGCACUACCGCGGAACCCGAAAAGUGGCUCAUAACCAUCUGUGGCAACCACACCACUGCCAAUGCCGUCCCCAAGAAUUGGUUUGGCGUCUGCCUGAAGCUCACUGGUGAAGUGCAGCAUGAAGUUGUCAGCACGGCCCAUCAACAAGGCGACACGAUCUGUCGUUUCUACGACGACAGUGACUGGUGCAACAGCGAGUGCAUCUUCACUACAACGGGGUCACCUAAGCAGGUUCCUACACCGAGGGGUAAGCGUAUCACAUAUGUGAAGUGCGAGAAAGCGUGGCAGCGUAGGGAUACUGGCGAGCUCGAAGCUUCUUUUAUUGAGCUCACUCCUGGUAAAAUGGCGAUGCAACACGAUUCCGGUUUGAACCAUGCACGAGAGGAGGAUGCAUCGUCCAACGUUGUCCUUCACACCGCUGGGGACUUGGACGGCGGAUACGCCACUCACAUGUACGCAGGCAUCAAGGUCGCAUCUAUCGAGGACCGCGCUCUCGGCCAGUGCUACACGCUUCCCAAUGAAGUCACUAAGCAAGUCACCUGGAUCGAGCUACCGCAAGGCUACGUCUGCAAGUACUACCGACGACGUGACUGCCAAGAUAACGAUGUGCUACUUGCCCUCGAUUCUCGGCCUGUUCGGCUGACAAUCCCAAUUGAAUCGGUCUUGGGCGCACAGAUUGAAUACGCAAUGUGCAAGAAAUCUUUCGACAAGCGCGACCUUCCUGUGGCUAACGAAGACCCGCGCGAUCCCAAGCCUCGUACUCUCGGAUGGGGUCAGCUUCGCAUCGGCGAAGACACCGGGCAUACAAAGCUUCGCAAGGUGAUAAACGCACUUGAACCUUGUGUCGUCUUCCCCGCCCCCAUGUACCCCGACUCAACUCGCUUCCUCGAGCAAUCCGGACGCUCGGAGUGCUCUUACUACGCCAAGACCGAGUGCGCUGGAGAUCCCAUCUUGCAUACUCUCAACCCGGAUGAAAAGGAUUUGGAACUCGGGUUCAACUCGGCGCAACAGAUCAAUGCGGCGACUUGUACCAUGUUAGAGUCUAUGUCUACUGCGAGCCUACAAGCGCGCGGCAAACCCUUACCCUACGUAAACGCCAAGGAUAUCAAAGUAACUGUUGGCCACUCCAUCUCCGCUUCGAGCACCCCAUUCCUCAAAGUCGGCGACUUGUACAUCUGCAAUGUGAAUAGCCUCGACCCUGCCGGCUGCACAGCCCUGCAUACUCUCAACCAAUGUGUAGCCUUCCCACCGGCGUUUGCCUACCAAAGCAAAGUCAUCACGCAAGCCAAGGGCUCGUUCUGCAAAUACUACACCAAGCCUGGCUGCAUGGACGGCGACGAAUACUUCCGGUAUAUGUCGAAUCCGACACAGGAUGCUCAGUUCAGUGGAUGGGGUGUUGGAAAACUGGCUGGUGUGUGGUGUGGAGGUACUGGUGCUGCUGCCGACGUAAACACUAUCGACGCACCUUCCAACGACAUCACCAACGAGAAGCGCGACACCGACGUCUCGACGGGCGGCAAUCCCUUCUACCACUGGGACACGUCCUCGGGCGCCACAACCGUCUGCCACAAGAAGAACUUCGCCUUCUGCACCAACAACAGCAUAAACGCCAUCUGGCAAUGCGCCAACUUUGCUCCUGCAGACCAGGGCCCGGCCUCUUUGAUUCAAUAUGAAGGUGUGUUUUGUAAGUGGUACCGUGACUUCGGAUGCGAGAGCGGAUCGGAUAAGUACCCGUCGAUUCUCGAUUCCAGGAAAGGCGACGCCUAUGCUGAUAAUCUGUUGGAUGGGGACCAUCCGAGGCUGUACAAGAGUGUCAAGUGUGAGAUUGUUCGGUGGUAA